UCACGGUCACCAGACGCCUACACCAGACCAGAGGCCACCAUCAUGACAAGGGACCAGAAUGGAACCUGGGAAAUGGAGAGUAAUGAGAACUUUGAAGGCUACAUGAAGGCCCUAGAUAUUGAUUUUGCCACCCGCAAGAUCGCAGUACGUCUGAGUCAGACAAAGAUCAUCACUCAAGACGGUGAUAACUUCAAGACAAAAACCAACAGCACGUUCAGAAACUAUGAUUUGGACUUUACCGUCGGGGUGGAGUUUGAUGAGCACACAAAGGGCCUGGAUGGCCGGCAUGUCAAGACGCUGAUCACCUGGGAAGGCGACACUCUGGUGUGUGUGCAGAAAGGGGAGAAGGAGAAUCGCGGCUGGAAGCAGUGGGUGGAGGGGGACAAGCUGUACCUGGAGCUGACCUGUGGUGACCAGGUGUGCAAACAAGUGUUCAAAAAGAAGUGA